AUGUCCUCGAAGCGCAAGUGGGACCAGGCUGCUCCGGAAGAGGAUGACACCCCCACGAAGGCGGUGAAGCAGGAAGAUGGCAAGACCGCCUCUGAGGCAGCCGCCGCGGCCGCCGCUAUCGCUGCAAAAAUCGCCGCACAGUUUGCUGGUUCGGGCAGCGGAGGACUGCCAGGCGGGAAAGACCCGCACGACGGAGAUUUCAUUCACGACAUUGACAUCAAUGACGUGCGGAACCGGUACCUCUUGACGAAGGGCUCGACGCAGACGCAGAUCAAUGAGGACACCGGAGCUUCGGUCAGUACGAAGGGUGUAUGGUACCCUGACCGUUCCAAGGCCACGGAAAGAGACCCUCCGUUGUACCUCCAUAUAUCGGCGACGUCACAGGAGAUGUUGCAGAAGGCCAUCGACAAGGUCAACGAGCUCAUUGCCAUGGACAUGGGUUCGCUGGUGGAGGACAAGAAGGACCGCACGAGGGAACGUCGGAAAUGGCCUGAAGAGAAGAUCCCUGUCGGUAUUGAUAGUAUACGUAACUUCAACGUCAGGGCAAAGGUGGUUGGGCCCCAGGGUAUGUUCGUGAAAUACAUUCAACAAGAAACAAAUACUCGUGUGCAAAUCAAGGGCAUUGGCUCCGGCUUCGUGGAUCAGGAUACCGGACACGAACACGACGAGCCUAUGUACAUCCACGUAACUGGCCCCGACGAAGGUCAAGUGCAGCGGGCAAAGGUGCUCACCGAAGACUUGCUAGAAGUCGUUCGUGAGGAGCAUGCCAAGGUCAAGACCGUCGUGCAGCAACAGCAAAUGGAGCUCCAUCAAGCCCAACUGCAGUACGCCGCCUACAGCUACGGAGCACAGCGACCCUCGUUCCACUGA